AUGUCCUGGCAAGUUCGUGAUGGCGCAAGGAUGGGACCUGAAGGCGUGUCGACGGGUACCAUGCAUCCAAGAACGCCUCCAUCUGCAACUCCCAACGACGCUCUUGCAGUUGUUCUAUUCCGUGGAUUUCGUGGCGAUGACAAGCGCACUGGUACGGUUUCCUGCGGAUUUGCCGACACCAAAUUCCACAAGAUGACAUGUGAGAUGUGGCUAUUCUGCUACAUCCGCCUUUCUUGUCCAGCUGGCAGUGGUGAUAGAAACGCCGCAAACUGCAACGAAUUCCUAGCCGGAACGCUGCAUACCCAGGUUGUUUACGAAGUAGGAAUAUAUCGUCCAACCAGUCUCCGUGACUCCGUGGCGCGGAUCCGUGAGCGACAGCAACAAAACUCGGCGUGUCACAAAGUCGCUCGUCCAUCAAUUAUCUCGAUAUCCGCGACGGCAGGUAUUAGCGACGCAUCACAGACAUGGCUGAGCAGGCGUUACUCUGCAAGCCACUCACUUCCCCUUGGCGGCUUUCCGCUUCCAUCUUUUGAAGGCGUGCCAGUCUUGUCAGUCAGUGGCAAAGAUGCAAGAUGCAAGAUGCCCUCAUACGCAGCACAAGGAAUCUGGCUACCGAAGAAACCCGUGCCCUUUAGCCCAGGAGAGCACGGGGAGAGAGGGACAUGGCCGUCAAAAGUGACUGAUCAAAGGUGCCACAACACGAGCAACGAGAGUCCGCAUCAAAUUUCCAGGCCAUAUUGGAGGGCGUUAUCGUCGAAGUCACUUUCAAGAAAUGGUGUAAAUGAGUUGGCAACGUCGGCAUGCCAAUACAAGUAAUGCCCUUAGCAUUGUCUCGAGGCCGUAUCGAGUGGGUUCUGGCAAGAUUACACGAUCUCAGUCAAAAGUGUGCAAAAUGCGCUGUGCGUUGCCAGUGACACGAAAGACAUAGUCUAAUUUCGGGGUAGCACAAGUGAUGCAACGCUGAGGUCCCUUUUCUAUCGUUUGUGAUAUCUCAGAAAAGUACAUCAGCAAAUAAAGAGGCGAGACAACUAACUGAGCAAGCACGCUCUGGUCAUCUUCAGGCCUGUGGCAGACCUGAAAUGCGACGACGAGGUUUCAUUAUAAAGGAGUGACUAGGUGGCAUCGAGAAUUGAUCGAGUCGAU